AUGCGCUGUAUACAGUGCAUGGCCCACAGAUAUAAGAGCUGGGAUGGUAAAACCCUAAAUUCACCAAAGAGCAUCAAGAUCCACAACAGCAACUCAAGUUCUGGUACUUUAUGGCUCUUUGCCUCGGACCCCGUCUCUGCCCAUCUGAGAUUCUGUUUUUGCCUUUCUGAAUCCCUCUAUGACUUCAUUUAUGAUUCUCUCUUCCUUUGCUUCCCUCUGCCCCGUUUAGUUGUUGAAGAAUAUCCGCAAGUCUUAGCAGUAACUGCAAGACUUGAAGCUGGAACAAACCUAACAAAGAUCAUCAUUCUCUUUACCAAAUCUGCAGCUCUCACUUGUGUACUGAUUGCCUACCUCGAGUUGGUGGAGAAUGAAAACAAUGUGACAGAAUUCAUUCUAUUGAGACUCACACAGGACCCAAGGAUGCAGAAAAUUAUCUCUGUUGUCUUUUUAAUAAUCUACAUCGUCACCGUGGGAAACCUGAUCAUUGUGGUCUUUGGAGAGCAUUUUAUUGGCGGGGCUGAGACCAUUCUCCUCACGGUGAUGGCCUAUGCCCAUUCCGUGGCGAUAUGUAAGCCAUUGCACUACACUACCAUCAUGAGCAGACAUCUCUGUAGAUCACUGGUGGCUGUGGCCUGGGCCAGAGGCUUUCUUCACGCCACAAUUCAAAAUAUCUUCAUGGCACAUUUACCAUUUUGUGGCCCCAAUGUCAUCGACCACUUUAUGUGCGAUUUAUACCCUUUGCUGAAACUGCUCUGCUCCGAUACUCACACCUUGAGCGUGCUGGGUGCUGCUACCAGUGGUGGCAUGUGCGUGUUAAUCUUUGUCCUGUUGAUGAUUUUCUAUGCCUUCAUCUUGCACUCCCUGAAGACCCACAGUGCCGUGGGUAGACUCAAAGCUCUCUCCACCUGUGCCUCCGACUUCAUCGUUGUCAUCUUCUUCUUUAUUCCGUGCAUCUUUGAAUAUGUGCAGCACACAACUUCCUCAUCCAUUGACAAGGCUGUUGCAGUAUUUUAUAUUAUGAUAACCCCCAUGCUAAAUCCCUUCAUCUACACAUUGAGAAAUGCAGUCAGUGGUCAAAUGAACAUCGUUUCUUUGAUAAUUUGGAAAUCUUCUAGUUUUAGAUGCUGUUUUACCACCAUCCCCCGAUUUCUUGUCGUUCAUCUAUAG